CUGGCUGUGCCCGGGGUGGCUUCUCUCCCUGCUCAUGGAGGUCCUGCUCAGCCUCCUCAGCCCAGCUUCGCCCCCCGAGCUGGUGACAUCUGAAGACGCUGCGCUCCUGGAGGGGGUGCCUGAGGACAUCCUCUGCUUCUCCCGCUCCUUUGAGGACCUCACAUGCUUCUGGGACGAAGAGGAGGAGGAAGAGGCCAACAGUGGGAAGUGCCGCUUCUACUACUGGUACAACAGGGAGAAGCCCAAGGUGUGUGCAGUUUCCACGCAGAGCCAUGGGGCCAGCAGGACGCGGCACGUGUGCGCGUUCCCCAGCCAGGACGUGCGGCUCUUCAGCCAGCUCUCCAUCCUCGUUGUGAACACCACCAGCAACCAGACCAAGUACUCACGGGAGCUCAGUGUGGAUGCAGUGGGUCUCAUUGCUCCACCAACAAACAUCACGGCCACCUGGACUGGGGCAGCAGGGCAGCUCUGGGUCACCUGGCAGCCACCACUCGCUGACUACCUGAACUUCUUCCUCUACGAGGGCAGGGGCUGCACCCAGGCGUGGGUGGCUCAGGGCGAGGGGAAGCAGCCCUCUCCUGCCCUGGCUCCCCUUGCCUGCGCAGGAGACAUCGGCCUGCUCUGCAGCACCCCUGACCUGCAGCGCGUGCGCUGCGAGUGGAGCUGGGACCCUGCAGACGCCGGCAGCUCCCACGAGCUCUUCUAUCAGGCACCCCAGAGCAUGGCUGGCACAAGGGAUGAAGCCUGGCAGCGGUGUGAGGCGGUGAGCAUGGUGGCCCAGGGCACCCACACAUGCACAUUUCAGCCCAUGGCUGGCAGAGCCAUCUCUGUCCUGGUGAACAUCACCUGGCCCCACGGGCAGCCCACGCGCAGCUACUUCAGGGAACCCUUCUGGUUGCACCAGGCUGUGCUCACAGACCCCCCACAGCUCCUGCAGGCCACUGUGGCACAGGGCCGGCUGAGCCUGCAGUGGGUGCCACCCCUGGAGGAGCUGGCGGAGCAGCUGGUCUAUCAGCUCCGCUAUUCCGUGGAGAACAGCCACGACUGGAAGGUCUUGCAAGUCCCACAGGCAGCCAGGAAAGAAGUCCUGGACCUGCGCCCCGGUGCCCGCUACCUCGCCCAGGUGCGAGCCCAGCCCAGCGGGCCAUGGUACCAGGGCAACUGGAGCGCCUGGUCCAAGCCUGUGGUGGUUGAUGCCAUGGCUGAUGCAGGUAAGGGGCAGGGACAGGGAGCACCAGCCAGAGGGUGACAGUCCCAUGAGGGACACCGGGAUUCAGUGCUUCUCUUCCAACCAGACUGGAUCAUCCCAAGCGUCGCGGUGGUGCCACUGCUCUUCACGGGAAUGCUCCUGGGGCUGAGGUGCACCUUCCCCUCCCUCUACAGCAACGUGAAGGAGAAGCUCUGGCCACCUGUCCCAGACCUGCACCGUGCACUGGGCAACUUCCUCAAUGAGAGCAGCAAGCACAGCCAGGCCAACACUUUCUACAAGCAGCCCCCGGAGGACGCAGUGCAGCCCUGCCUGCUGGAGGUGCUGCCAGGCCGCCGGGCCACCGAACCGCCCAAGGGGACGCCGGGGCAGCAG